CACACACAUUCAACUUCUAUCUAUGGCAUCAUUAUCUUCUCUUUGUUUUAUUUCAUAUGACUUGAAAUGUCCACUAGAUGGCGACCUUCUUGUUGCAAGCAAAGCUUUACUACAAUUUCCUCUGAAUUUCUGUUGCGGAUAUUCAAUAUUUGUAAAGAGACAGUUAACUGCUUUCUGGUGGUUCCUUCAGUUCAUAAAUAGUGGGAAAUGCAUGACAGUAUUCUCUACAGGUCAGCGUUUGCAAAGAACUUUGUUUUUACUUCAAAGUCCUUGUCGUUGUCAAUGACGAUGUUUGGACGAACACGCCCACCCAACCAGGAAAUCGUUUCAAAGUUAUGCACCGAUUUCGGGCGAAACGAAACUACGUGAAAACCUGUGAAGCGUUACACAGCACAAACGAAGAAUGGCAGAAGCGGCUCCAAGUAACCAGGACAUUUUUACAUGCCCGGUUUGCCUUGAUAUUCUGAAUUAUCCGGUAACUAUUCUCUGUGGACACACUUACUGUAUGGGCUGCAUUACGAGCUGCUGGGAUCGGGAAGAUCAGAAGGGAGUCUACAGCUGCCCCCAGUGCAGACAGACGUUCACCCCAAGACCCGUUUUAAACAAAAAUAGUAUUGUUGCUGAACUGGUGGAACAGAUCAAGAAGACCAGAAUCCAAGCUGCUGCUCCUGUUCCAUGUAGGCCUACUGCUGGACCUGGAGAUGUGGAGUGUGACGUCUGCACUGGGAGAAAACUCAAAGCUGUGAAGUCAUGUCUGGAUUGUCUGUUGUCAUACUGUGAAACUCACUACAAAGCUCACAAUGAUGUCAACCCCGGAAGAAAACACUCAGUGAUUGAUGCCACAGGCCAGCUACAGGAGAGGAUCUGCACCCAACAUGAGAAGCCUCUGGAGAUAUUUUGUCGUACGGAUCUAAGUUGUGUUUGUUUGCUCUGUCUGGUGGUUGAACACAAAGGCCAUGACACUGUGUCAGCCUCUGCAGGGAGGAGAGAGAAACAGACACACUUGGGGAAGACCCAGAGUAAAAUCCAGCAGAGAAUCCAGGAGAGAGAGAAGGAGCUGCAGGACCUGAGGAAGGCUGUGGAGACUCUCAAGGUGAGUACUGACCAGAGGAGAGGAGGACAACAGCUGGCUGCUGGAGGAGCCAUUUCAGGCUCAAUCAGGGCUCUCCUCCAGUCAGCCAGACAGGAGUCUGUAAUGCUGAGCCACUUCCCAGCUCCUCUGAGCCACACUGUGGGUACCAGGCUGUGUGGAGGAGCUGAGUGAGUGGGCUGCUUUAGAUGGAC